CUCACAGGUCGAGAGAGACAAGAGACAGUUGAUUAGAGAGAACUCUGUCGGAAAAUGGAUAACGUCGACCAAGAGUUCAACAAUUACUGGGAAACAAACUCCUUCCUCCAAAACGAAGACUUCGAAUAUGACAGCUGGCCUUUGGAGGAAGCGAUUUCUGGGUCGUAUGAUUCGAGUUCGCCUGAUGGGGCGGCUUCGUCUCCGGCUUCUAAGAAUAUUGUGUCGGAGAGAAACAGAAGACAGAAGCUUAACCAGAGACUCUUCGCUCUUCGAUCAGUUGUCCCCAAUAUCACUAAGAUGGAUAAAGCAUCAAUAAUCAAAGAUGCAAUUAGUUACAUACAAGGGUUGCAAUAUGAAGAGUCGAAGCUCGAAGCGGAGAUCAGAGAACUUGAAUCUACUCCAAAGAGUAGCCUGAGCUUCAGUAAAGAUUUUGAUCGUGAUUUGCUGGUUCCUGUCACAUCCAAGAAGAUGAAGCAGCUUGAUUCUGGUCCUUCCCGUUCUCUCAUUGAAGUUCUCGAACUGAAGGUAACAUUCAUGGGAGAGAGGACAGUGGUAGUGAAUGUAACAUGUAAUAAGAGGACAGACACAAUGGUGAAACUGUGUGAAGUCUUUGAGUCAUUGAAUCUCAAAAUCAUCACUUCCAAUCUCAACUCUUUCUCUGGCAUGAUCUUCAACACUGUCUUUGUUGAGGCGGAGGAAGAAGAACAAGAGGUGGUGAGAUUAAAAAUAGAAACAGGAAUAGGAGCUUAUAAUGAAACUCAAAGCCCCACUUUGAGCAUCGACUCUCUUUACUAAUCAUUUUUUUUGUUUUCAUUUGUCUCGGCUUCUCUCUCUUUUACAAAUAAAUAAUAUGUUAUCUCUUUCCACUUUCGUUUAUUUGUCCAUCACGAAUACUUCUUAUUGUGCGUUUAUUUAUAUAGUGUCUAUAAUAAUAAUAAUAAUCGUACGCAUUGUUUCUU